CCUUGGGCUGAGACAUCCCGCGGCGGCUUCCCCCUUUCGCCGGUGCUUCCGCCGUAUCUGGGCAGGGUGAAGCAACGCCGCUCCGGUCUCUCCCCGCCCGAGGGGGGGUGAAGGAAUUCGGAUCCCGUCCGUCCCGUCCCGUCCGGUCGGCGGCCCGUCAGCAGCGGGGGGUUCCGCGCCACCAUGGCCGGCCGCCUCCUCCUCCUCCUCCUCAUCUGCGCGGCGCUGGCGGGCGAGCUGCGGGCUGAAGGCGGCAUAUUCAUCAAGAAAGAAAAUGCUGACAAGUUCUUGCAAAGAUCAAAACGCGCUAACUCCUUUUUUGAGGAAAUGAAGCAAGGGAAUAUUGAAAGAGAAUGCAAUGAGGAGCGCUGCUCAAAAGAAGAAGCAAGAGAAGCCUUUGAAGACCAGGAGAAAACUGAGGAAUUCUGGAACGUCUAUGUUGAUGGGAACCAGUGCAGCUCAAAUCCUUGUCACUAUGGUGGACAAUGUAAAGAUGGAAUUGGUUCCUACACUUGCUCAUGCUUGGAUGGUUAUCAAGGCAAGAACUGUGAAUUUGUCAUACCAAAGUACUGCAAAAUAAACAAUGGUGACUGUGAGCAGUUCUGCAGCAUCAAAAAAGGUGCACAGAAGGAUGUUUUGUGUUCCUGUGCAAAAGGAUAUGUUCUAGCAGAGGAUGGCAAACGCUGUGUUUCAGCAGUAAAGUAUCCUUGUGGAAAAGUUGUUGUGAAAAGGAAAAAAAGGUCAACAAUUUUACCUGCUGAUAAUGGUAAUGUCACUAAUGAUCAAGAUGGCCCUCCCACAAAUGGUAAUGUCACUAGUGAUCAAGAUGGCCCUCCCACAAAUGAAACAAGUUUGGAGGAGGACAUUUUUACUACCACAGAAAGCCCAACCAUCCUUCCUGGCCGUGAAACAAGUAGUAAGACUCCGUAUGUCGAUACCAGGAUAGUAGGUGGUAAUGACUGUCGUCCUGGCGAAUGUCCAUGGCAGGCUGUUCUGUUAAAUGAGGAAGGGGAAGAGUUUUGCGGUGCAACUAUUGUGAGUGAUUAUUUCAUACUUACUGCAGCUCAUUGUAUCAACCAAUCUAAAGAAAUCAAAGUUGUUGUAGGUGAAGUGGACAGAGAAGAGAAAGAAAAGUCUGAAACGAUGCAUACCGUGGACAAAAUACUUGUUCACUCUAAAUACAUUGCUGAGACUUACGAUAACGACAUAGCCUUAAUAAAGCUGAAGGAACCUAUCACAUUUUCCGAGUACGUUGUCGCAGCAUGCCUCCCUGAAGCAGACUUUGCUAAUGAAGUUCUGAUGAACCAAAGAUCUGGGAUGGUUAGUGGCUUCGGGCGAGAAUUUGAAGGUGGACGACUAUCCAAAAAACUGAAAGUUCUUGAAGUCCCCUAUGUUGAUAGGAACACUUGCAAGCAAUCCACUAACUUUGCAAUAACAGAAAACAUGUUCUGUGCUGGUUAUGAAACAGAGCAAAAAGAUGCUUGUCAAGGAGACAGUGGAGGUCCCCAUGUAACCAGAUAUAAGGAUACUUAUUUUGUUACUGGAAUUGUUAGCUGGGGAGAAGGAUGUGCAAGGAAAGGGAAAUAUGGUGUCUAUACCAAACUGUCCAGGUUCUUACGCUGGGUAAAAGCAGUCAUGAGACAAAAGUUUUAGUGGUAUGGCUCUUGAUCCUUCUCUUAGCUAACAAGGUGCAGCUUCUCUAAUGGAAACUUUCUUCUUUUUUUUUAGCCACCUCUGCUAAACUUGUUUUUUGUUUUAUUUCUGGCUUUAAGCAAGUAUCUGCGGUCUGCUGGUGGUGUUUUGAAUUUGCACAGUGAGGGGCUUUCCCCAAACAAAAUGGCUGCUCAGUGGGGUCUUCUGUUUGCUUGUUUGGUUAUUUUUUUAUUGCCAUUUUGGUUCCUCUCUGUUUGCCCAAGUGCUUCCGCCAGAGGCUCCUGGAGAUAAUACGAGCCUGCACUAAUCAUGAUGAAAGGGGGAAGGACAGGACUUCAGUUAAUCCUCCUAUUGCAGCCAAAUGGCUCGGUAGGGAGUUUGUUAUUACCAGAGCUCUUCAGCUUCUACCUGCAGGUGUAUUUAGAAGAUUAAGGGAGCCGGGAAGCUUGCUUGGUAAAGAUGGGACACAAGUAAGUAUUCAACAUGUGAUGCUAGAUACUCCACAAAAUUGCCUGCUUAGGUCACAGCAACUAAUUAAAAUGGGAUUUUGCUUUAUAUGGGUUGUACUUCACUUUAGUUUAACUUGAACACUUCUGUUCUGCUCAUCAGAAAAAAAAAAUGUGCAUGUCCACUGUCUUCUGUAUCACAUUCUGGAUUGUAUAUGGCUGAGGAUCAGAAAGUUCCUCACGUGUACUUAUUCCAGAUGUUUCUUAUGUAAGGUGCAAUAUUGAUGUACACCAGCAUUUGAAAUAAAAUUUUAUUUCUUUUUCGUUCUAUAA